AUGUCCCACUCCUCUCUUAUUGGUUCAUCUGUUGAAUUUUUGCAAGCUUUGGAACAAGUUGGAAAACAAGCUGGCACCGAAUCAUCAUCGUCCUAUGUUGCUCAAGAAAGAUUUUUGGGUAGCAAGGAUUUGAUCAAAACAAGAUUCGGGGAUGAUAAAAGUGCCUUGGAAAGAGUUGUUGUAGAUUUGAUGGAUUCAUCAAAGACUCCACUCAUCAGAGAUCAACGUAUUGGUGUCAAAUUGGCAAUCCACCAACAAGUUAAUAAGAGUGGUUUGAGAGCCUUGUUAUUGGCUGAUCAAUCGAGAACCUUGAGUGAUUUGAUUGCUGCUCACGUUCAUCAAGUAUUUACUAAUGAAGAAUUAUUGAAUUUAUUUGAUGAUGAAAAUUUAAGUGAACACACAAGAGUGAGAGUAGAAAAGACUAUUCGUAAUGAAUGCAAGAAUUUGAUUCUUGAUGUUGUUAAGAAGAUUAUUGGAAAGGUUAAACCUUCGGAAUGUGUUGUUUUACUUUCUCAUUUGCCAUCAUCGACACCAAGUGAAGCAAUUUUGGAACUUUUGAAUGAAUUAAAACUUGAAACUCUCGAAGGAUCAGUAAUUGUUAGAAAGCAUCCAGAAGUUGUUGCCAAGUUUAUUAGACAAGAAUUGGAUAAGACUAUCAAGGGAGCUGUUCCACAAGUUUCAUUGUGGAAUCUCUUGAUUGCUACCUUGAAUGAACUUUCAUCGGUUUUCAACACAUUGAGCAAGGUUAAUCCAACACUUGCCUUUGCCAUCAUUGAUGAAUACUUUGUACAAUAUGCUCUCAAGGAAGAUAUUCCAGUUGAUGCUGUUCAAUCCUACUUGUUGCUCAAGGUUAAAAACUUCCCAGAAACCUUCAAGUCAUGCAUCAAUUCCAAAUCCAAGAUUCAACUCAACGUUUCACAACUUUUGAAAAUGUUCUCCAUCGAAGAUGUUGCUGGAAUUUAUUUGAAGAAGCUUGAAACUUUAAAUUAUGCUACUUCACCAGAAUCAAGUGCCUUUUUGAGAUCAUUCGAAGUUUACGAUAACAGAGAUGCCAAGAAGGUUGUCAUUCUCAUUAGCAAGUUGGUUGCUAAGGGUGCUACUGUUGAAAAGUUGAGUGAUUGGAUCUUUAGAAAUGUUCAACCAUCAACUGAUAUUCCAAGCUUUUUGAAAUACUUCCCACUCCCUGUUAUCCACAGUGUCGCUACCAAAUUGUACGAAGUUAGAAAGUUGAAAGACUUUUCCACUCCAGAUCAAGAAUCCAGAUAUUGGAGAUAUAUGAAUAUGGUUGAAGAAGAAGCUUCCUAUAAGAAAUUUAAAGGAUCUUGCUCAAAUUCUAAUUCCAAUGUCAGACUCAAUGUUUUACUUGACUUGUUCUUCUGUUCUCUCUUGCACAAUAAGAGAGUUAAGGAAACUUUGGAAUUUAUGGAUUCUCGUUUGAAGAAUGAUGUCGAAUCAAUUCCUACUGUCAUUUCAACCCUUUCUAGUGAUAUCUUCUUUGCUACAAAAAUCUUUUCUCUUUACAAGAAUGAAGAAUAUAGAGAAGCUUUACACACUCUCUUGGAAAAUACUGCCAAAAAGUCAGAGGCUCCAUGGUACUACAGAAACUUCUUCUCAUCAGUCUUCCGUUAUUAUAAGGAUGAUAUUACAGUUCUCAAGUUCCUCAUUGAGAAAACUUCCAAUUUUGCCAAGUUUAACGAUAUGGGCUUUAUUGGUCUCUAUGGUGUUACCUUGAAGCCAGAAAUUCACAAGGUUGUCUCUGAAAUUCUCUUCCAAUCUAUGAUAAACAAAAUUGAAUCUGAAGGAAAUCCUCAAAUAUUGAGAGAUGUAUUGAACUUGGGAAGAUACAAGAAACAACCAAAACACGUUAAAGAAUUAUACCAAAAGUUCUUCGACGAAUGGAUUCCACUCAUUUUCAAGAAGGAUCCUUACAUUGGUUCAGUAAAUGAUAUUGCUAAUGGUGCAUUCAAAGGUAUUGAAAAGAAGGAAGCCAUCGAAUUGGUGAAAAAGGUAUUGGCCUAUGAAGCUGCUUUCAUCAUGUGUGAUAGAGUUCAAAAAUUAUUGCUCUCCCGUACCACCAACUUGGAAACUGAUUUCAUCUUCAAAUUUAUCAGGGAAAAGGCCUUGACUGGUGCUGAAUUGCAAGCUCUCUCUUCUAGUGGUUUUAUUCAUAGUGAUUAUGUUGCCGCAAUCCUUCCUCAAUAUUUGGGAAGCUUGAGACUUGAAGAAUUUGCUUCUCCAGAACUUACCAGAAGACUCAUCAGUACCUAUGAAAACUUGUUGUUCAGAUGUGGAAGAGUUAACCCUAUUAGUUUCUGCUCAACAUAUAAUGCCAAGAAGGAUGAAGAAAAAGUUGAACAAGAUGAAGAAGAAGAUGUUGAAGAAGAUGAUGAACAAGAACCUGUAGAAGCUGGAGAAGAAACUGUCAAGAUGGAUGUUGAAGAUAAUGCCACCAGAUGCUUGGCCUCCCUCGUCAGAAUUUACUCUCAAAACCCAGUUGAACAUUUGCAAUAUGUUUUAGAAAAUAUCAGCUCUGAAAACGUCUUGUACUACUUCUCUGCUAUUGGUAGAAUUUCAACCUUCUACAAUGAUGUCAAAUUCAUUGAUGCUUACUGUGCCAUUUUGAAGAAGCAAUUCACUGAAGUUCUCACUUCCAAACAACCUCUUCCAACCAAUAUGAGCAUUGCUGUUCAAAAGAUGUUAAUUUCCAGACUCAAGGCCUACGUUCAACAUUUGAAUAGUGAAAUUCCAAGUAAGAUUGUUGAUACUCUCGUUCAAAUUUGGGAUUUGAAACCACAAAAGGAUGUUCAAGUUGCAAUUUUGAGCACCAUCUUGUUGGCUAUUAAGAAUGAUAGAACUGAUCAACUCUACAAUAAGGCCAAGAGUAUUUUGGAACAAGCUACUACUCAUGAAUAUGAAGAUAUUGUUCUUGCAUUGGCUGGAUUUGGUCCAACUAAGAAUGUUACUACCAUGAGAGAAAUCUUCUCCUUGAGAUUGAAGACUCUUGAACAUCCAACUUCCAAGAUUCAAACCUCUGCAUGGUCAACUGUUUCCAGCUCUGCAACCACACCUUCCUUCAUUAAGAGAGUUGCUUCAGAAAGUUUCAAUCCUAUUGCCUUGUUCAGAAAGUACAUUGUUGAUGCUGUUCUCACUUUUAAUCCACAACAACAACACAAUAUUGCCAACGUUGCCAUUGAUGUCUUGCUUAAGGAAAUUAUUCAAACUCCAGAAGAAGCUGGUUCAAUUUUACUUGACAGUAUUUUGGUUCCUCUCUUGACUGAAGAAAAAUACCAAAAACUCGAUAGAGAAACUUACAAUGCUGAUAUUACUUGGGAUAGACCUGUUAAGGCUCGUUUGGCCCAUAUUGUCAAUUCUCUUUCUACAAAGGUUGCAUCUACUUACUUGCUCAUUUCAGACAGCAAUAAGCAAACUAUUCAAUCAAAGAUUGUUUUACCACUUGUUGAAGUUGUUAAGAAGCACGUUCAAAAUCGUCUUCCAUAUGUCUGCAUUGUUUCAUCAAUUAAUACUAACUGGAAUGAUGUUGACUCUGUUGUUCAAAACUCAAUCAAGAAUGUUGCCGAUUUAUUAAGUGAUGUUGAAGAACCAUUGAAGACCCUCAUUUUGUCCAAGAUUGUUAAUCACUCACAUCAAAUUACUCUCAAUAGAUCCAAUGUCAAUGUUCUCCUUGAUGCAGUUGCAAAGGUUUUGAAUAAUGCCAGUGAAUUCUCUCAAACUGAACAAAUUAUUGCUACAGGAAUUUUGAUGAGUCUUGGAACUGCUGAUGACAAGACAAGAGAAUUGAAGAAGAUUGCCAGAAAGAGUAAUGUUCUCAAUUUGUUGACUGAAUAAAUAGUUUACAAAGAUUAAUUGU